AUGCUGGCUCUGACGUUCUGGCUUAUAUCCCACCCUGCCCUUGCUUUUGUUUUUGCAUUGAUGAAGGAACCGCACGGUCGAGUUUAUCGGGCGCUUAAUGCGGCUAUGUUGUUUACACGUAUCGCACUUAUUAUUUUCGUGAGCUACAUCAUCGCCGGCAUCGCCCGGGGGCUGAUGGCCUUGUUCAGGAGUAGGGACGAAGAGUCGAAGGAAGCCGAAGAGUCCUGGGGCAAAGCCGGGUAUGAUUAUCAACGGCUUCCUCACUGCCGUUUCCACGAUACUCUUCGUGGAGCUCGCGUUGAAAUGGAACAAUGUGACUGGUGUAUUCGAGAUAAAGACAACCGGGCAGUUGAUCCCAUUUACUACUGGGGUGCUUCUGGUGGUCAAUGUUCUUUAGAAGCUAAGAAAGAGAUAUGCAGUGGGUGGAUCAUGGUCGUUAGCAGGAGACUUUACUAA